ACUCGGGAUCCUCCUGCCUCAGCCUCCCCAGAUGCCGGGAUUACAGAGUUAGCACUAGCAGAAUUUCACAAAAAAAUCAAAGAAGCAUUUGAAGUGUUUGACCAUGAGUCGAAUAAUACAGUGGAUGUGAGAGAAAUUGGGACAAUUAUCAGGUCAUUAGGAUGCUGCCCUAGUGAAGGAGAGCUACAUGAUCUGCUUGCAGAGGUAGAAGAAGAAGAACCCACUGGAUAUAUUCGAUAUGAAAAAUUUCUUCCAGUGAUGACCAAAGUACUUCUGGAAAGAAGGUAUAGACCAAUUCCAGAAGAUGUCCUUCUUCGAGCUUUUGAGGUUUUAGAUUCUGCUAAACGUGGGUUUCUUACUAAGGAAGAACUCAUCAAAUAUAUGACUGAAGAAGGUGAGCCUUUCUCCCAAGAAGAAAUGGAAGAAAUGUUGUCUGCUGCAAUCGAUCCAGAUUCAAAUUCAAUUAAUUACAAGGAGUAUAUAACAAUGAUGGUGAUAGAUGAAAAUUAAAUGUUUUAAACCCUUAAUUUCUAAUUGAAAAGAUAGUUUGAAAAUGGCUUGUCCUUGUUAAUUUUGCAUUUUAUUUUGUAAUUCUUUUAUCUGAUAUCAAUGCCUGUGACAUGAUUAUUUCAACAUAUUUUGUUUUCUAAAGAUGAUCAUAACAAAAACUCUUUUUUAGUACUGGGAAUAGAAUCCACUGAGCUUCAUCCCUAACUCUUUUUACAUUUUUCAUUUUGAGACAGGGACUCACCAACAGGCUGGCCUCAAACUUGCAAUUGUCUUGCCUCAGACUUCGGAGUAGCUGGGAUCAUAGGUUUGCCCUGCUCACCUGGAUGAUCAUAAUAAUUUUAAAUUAAACAUAAAUGUAUUUAAAAUGUCCAAACUUAUGGAAUGACAUACUGCUAAUUACUUAAAAACUAAUCUUAAAACAGUUUAACAUUAAAAUAUAUUAUUGUUUAUUUUCUACAAUAAACAUGUUACCUUUUAAUUAACUAAACUGAGAAAAUUAAUAAUAACUAUAAUGAGCCAAAGUUUGGCAUAUAAAGGUCUUGAAAGAGGGCAGAAUGACCACAAAUUGAAAAUGAGUAUCAGUGUAAUGAAGGCUUCUUUUUAAAGAACAAUAAACACUUCAGUAAU